UUCAUUUUUGGACGUGUCGCAUUUUUUGUUGCCUUUUUUAACAGCAAAUUGAAGUAAAAUGGGGUUAUUUGUAUGUCUUUUAAAAUUUAUUUUGAAGAUAUUAAUAUAUUUUGCUGUGUUUGUAUCUGUUAUCCUCCUUAUUCCGAAUUUGCCUCCGUACUCGAAGUUCACCGCUAUAAAGCUUGAACCUACUCAGCCUAGGAGCGGAGUUUUAGCUCCUAAUACAGCGCUUAACAAUGCGGAUAAAUUAUUUACCAAUAAACUAAUUGGACCUGAAUCAUUUUUAAUUUAUAAUGGUGAACUUUACACUGGUCUUGCGACCGGUGAAGUUGUCAAAAUUUCACCUGGCGGUCAUAUUACUUUUGUUACGAAAAUAGGUCAGCCUUGCACUGGCCUUUCACAAGAACAUAUUUGUGGCCGUCCCCUUGGAUUAGAAAUAGAUGAAAAAAAUAACAUAUUGUAUGUAGCUGAUGCCUACUAUGGUAUAUGGAAAGUGAAUCUCAAGAAUGAUAAAAAACAGCUACUUGUUUUACCAAAUGAGGCAAUAGAUGACAGAUAUCCAAAAAUAUUUAAUGACAUUGCUUUGGACAAAAGUGGUAAUAUAUAUUGGACACAUUCAUCAAGUGAUUAUGACUUGAAAGAUGGUGCAAUGACACCUCUAUCUGACCCAUCUGGAAGAUUAUCAUUUUACAAUUCAAAAACUAAUAGAAGCAAUGUGCUCGUUGACGAUCUCUGGUUUCCCAAUGGAGUAGUUUUAUCACCUGAUAGUCAAUUUGUACUAGUGAGUGAGUCGAAUCGCUAUAGGCUACUUAAAUAUUACAUUAAUGGACCCAAGAAAGGAAAGACUGAAACCUUUGCAGCAGGUUUACCAGGAAUUCCAGAUAAUUUGAAAGUUUUGCCCGAUGGCUCCGGUGUUAUUGUUUCGUUGUACGUCGCUUACGAUGAUGAAAAUCCACUCCUCAGUCGGACACUAGCCGCCACACCGUUGGCGAGGAAAUUCUUAGCGCGUCUUAUUAGAAUGAUAGAGAUACCUUUCGAAUUUCUCAACGAGCAGUAUCCACACGUCAUAUUAGAGGAAAUAGUUUACAAGAUUGGACAUUUCUCCAGUUUAUCUGGUAUUUUACCACAAUCAUCAGGUAUAUUGCAAUUAAACUGGGACGGUGAAAUAAUUGCGUCAUAUUUUAAUACAGACAAAAGCAUUGGUACAGUUAGUGAUGCUAUUGUAUAUAAUGAUAAAUUGUACAUAGGAAGCCCACAUUCAUCGUACAUUGGAUCAGUUCCUGUUCCACCACUUCUAAAGAAUGCCUUUUCCAAGAGUCGCACAGGUGCAGCGGCAACCAAUAAUGCAGAAGUAAAAAGAGCGCAGCCAAAAGUUGAGUCGGCACCUACAACUAAAAAUGUUAACAAACCAGAAACGGAAAAAGUGAAACUUGCUGAAAAGACAGAUGUACCUAAACCUGCAGUACAAAAACCAAUAGCAAAUCAACCAAAUGUGGGUAGUCAACAGAUAAAAAAGGAAUCAAGUAAAACUGAAAAAGUUGAAGUGAAACCAAAUAAACAAGAAGCUGUGGUGAAACCUAAGCCUGUAGAAACAAAACCAAUCAAACAAGAAACUGCAAGUGUCCCUAAGCCGGUUGAUAACAAACCUAUUAAAGAAGAGACAAAACCUAAAAAAGUUGAAACAAAACCCAUUAAAGAAGAAUACAAACCAAAACCUGUAGAAACGAAACCGAAUAAGAAGGAAACUGAAACAAAAUCUAAACCAGCUGAAAGUAAGCCCAUUAAACAAGAAAGUUUAACGAAGGCAAAAACUGUUGAACCGGAAUCAAGUAAAAAAGAGACCAAAUCUGUUCCUGUAGAUCCAAAAAGUACAGCACCUAAACACCAGACUGUGCCUCAGAAAGGAACAGAAACUGUUAAUUCUAAAUCAGAACCAAAACCGGUGCAAGGCAAAGAGACACAAAGUAAAAAAUCAAAAGAAUCAGAUAUUAAACAAAAUGUUGUGCAACCAGAACCAGUCAAGGCAGCUAAAGUCGAGAAACCUGAGGUAAAACCAUCACAGUCUAAAACAGAUAAAACAAAAGUUAAGACUCCUACUGAACCCCAAAAACCUGUACCAGAUCAAAUUCCAGUCAAAGAAGAGAUCCCGUCCGAUAGAGUCCAGCCUGCAAAAGAGACAUUGAAAGUAAUAAAAAAGAAUGGACCCGUAGAAAUCCCUAAUCCUAAUUAAAAAUAAGGUUGUGGAAUUUUUCUUAAUUUAAGGUGAUAAUGGGAUUUUUAAGAAAGUAAUCAUUAUGGAAGUUUUUUUUUAAAAUUACAUACAACAAAGUUAUAAAAUACAAAUGUACGAAUAAUUAAUUCCGUCAAUAAGAUCAUUCCAAAUCGCAUUCCUAAAAAUAUAUCUAAAUUUAAGUACAAAAUGUUAAUUGGAAACUUUGUUAGAAUUUACAAAUUAUGUGAAAGAUUUUUUCACAUUUGUGUUGGAUCUCGGAGAGAUUUUAACUACAAAAUAUUCAAGUAUUAAACAAUGAGGCUGAACAUUAAGUCGGUUAA